AUGCUGAUGAUGCGACGUUGUGGACUUUGUUUUAUGGCUUUGGUUCUGAGCACUGCCUGUGCAUGUGUGGCAGCGAAUGUUGCUGGUGCUGGGGGUGGUCCUCCACCACCACCUCCUCCUGGCGAUAAUUGUAAACCUGAACCUGAUGGUAAACAGUGUCGUACUGGCGGUAAGAAAGGUGAAGGUACUCAGAAUAAUUGUGAGAACUCUUCUCCGUCUGAAAAGUGCCCUACCGAGGGUCGUGACAACGAAGUCGAUUGCCCUAAAGAUUCUGAACCUCCGUGUCCACAACUACAACCGAAGGAACCAGCUCCAACUUCACCAAAGGAACCAGCACCAAAGGAACCAGCACCACCUUCACCAAAGGGACCGGGUGUAUCUUCACAACAAGAGACGAAUCACGAUGAGCUCGGUGGUCCUUCUGGUCCACCAGGUGAAAGAGGUGCAGUUGGCAGUAGGCAGGGUUCUGGUACUCAUACUGGUAGUGAACCUGGCUCUUCUUCUGCACCUUCUAAUGUAUCUCUUCCAUCUAAAUCUACUGCUGAGGAGAGUGGGGAUGCAUCUCCAACUGACACUCAAACUGGAAACAGCGGCGGCAAUACAACAGAUGAGAGUGGAGCUAACCAGGGAGGUGAUGCAGCACAAUCCACUUCUUCUUCACCCAACAAUUCAGCAACAGGGAGUGACGGAGAAACUGCUGCUGGAAAUGAUGCUACAACGGCUGGGAAUGACACCAAACCUGCAGAAGGUGAGUCACCAAGUACCCAAGAUGGUGCUGCAGAUAAUACAGAUACCACCACC